AUGUCAUUCCAUGAAGCACUAAUAAAAAGAAUAUUUAAAAUAGAAGAUUUAUUGGUAAAACAACAAGAAGCUAUACAAAAUAUACAAGAAGCACAACAUAGUCAAAAAGAAUAUUAUGAUAAAAAUCUCAAACAUAAUACUUUAAAAAUUGGAGAUAAAUCUCUUUGGCUAGUUUCUUUGGCUAGUCUCUUUGAUUAG